AUGGCCGCCGCCGAUGCCGAGGCGGUUCCGGCGAAGGGGGAGACCAAGCAGGACUGCGGCCUGGGAGCCGAGCUGCCGAGCGAAGGGUCACCCAUGGCUGCUGAUGACGGCUCAGCGGAACAGCAGGGAGGGGAGGCCCCGGUGGCUGCAGACGGGGAGACCAACGGGUCCUGCGACCAGAGCAACGCCAGCGGCCACGCGGCUGCUGUGAAGCACCCUCAGGAGAGCACGCGGGGCAGCCCGCAGGAGGGGGCCGGCCCGGGGGCCCGGAUAGCGGAGAAUGGGAUUCUGGACAGAGACCCCGAGCUGGGGAGGCAGAACCACAUCCGCUCUGACGGCUUCCCCCAGAGUCCUGUCGUCGGGAGCAACGGCUACUUCCUUGGCAAGGCCCCCUUGUCUGAGCCGCCACUGCGGGUGGCCAGCGCCCUGGCCUCCUCCCUGCCUGGCCAUGCGGCGAAGACCCUUCCUGGUGGGGCUGGCAGAGGGAGGACUCCCGGUGCUUUCCCCCAGCCGCCGGCUGCUGUGCCAGCCAAGCCUGGGGAGGGCAGCAAGGACACAGAGGACAAGAAGGCCCCGGCCCCGGGUGCCGACAUCAAGGUCCACAGGGCUCGGAAGACCAUGCCGAAGUCCAUCCCGGGCCUGCACGCGGCGAGUAAGGACCCCAGGGAAGGCCGGGACGCCCGCGACCGCGAGGAGCCGAAAGAGGAGCUGAGCAGGGGCGCCUCGGAGUCUGCACGCCAGCAGCUUUCACCCCCCUUCCCGUCCCUUCACCAGUCGCUACCUCAGAACCAAUGCUACGUGGCCACCGCGAAGGCCCAGACAGCUUGCUUGCCUUUUGUUUUAGCAGCUGCAGUAUCUCGGAAGAAAAAGCGAAGAAUGGGGACCUAUAGCCUGGUUCCUAAGAAAAAGACCAAAGUGUUGAAGCAGAGGACGGUGAUUGAGAUGUUUAAGAGUAUAACUCAUUCCACGGGGGGCUCCAAGGGGGAGAAGGAUCUGAGUGACGGCUCCCUCCACGUGAACGGUGAGAGCCUGGACCUGGACUCGGAGGAGGACGACUCGGAGGAGCUGGAUGAGGAUGAGGACCAGGGCGGCCCGCCAGCAGCUGCGUUCCCCACUGAGGAUGGCAGGGCCUCCAAGGACGGCGUGCUGGCGCCUGACCGCAGCCAGAAGGUGGACGGCGAGUCUGAAGAGGAGCAGGAGUCGGCCGGCACUGCAGACGAGGAGGAGGACGGGGACGAGUCCGACCUGAGCUCAGAGUCCAGCGUCAAGAAGAAGUUCCUCAAGAGGAAGGGGAAGCCUGACAGCCCUUGGAUCAAGCCAGCGAGAAAGAGGAGGCGGAGAAGCAAAAAGAAGCCCUGCUCUGUGCUAGGUUCUGAAGCCUCUGCGUCGUCUUCGGGCAGUGCGGAGCCCACGGCGCCUGGCGACGGCGGGGGGUACGUGGAGGUGCCGCUGGACUCCUUGGAUCUCCAUGUCCAGGGUGUGCUGACCUCUGACACAGAAGGGCUGGCCAACGGUCCUGACGCGGGCGAGACGGACGGCCUCCAGGAGGUGCCCCUCUGCAGCUGCCGGAUGGAGACCCCAAAGAGCCGGGAGAUCACCACCCUGGCCAACAACCAGUGCAUGGCCACAGAGAGCGUGGACCACCAGCUGGGCAGGUGCACAAACAGCGUGGUGAAGCAUGAGCUGAUGCGUCCGUCCAGCAAGGCGCCGCUGCUGGUGCUGUGUGAGGACCACCGGGGCCGGAUGGUGAAGCACCAGUGCUGCCCCGGCUGCGGCCAUUUCUGCACGGCUGGUAAUUUUAUGGAAUGUCAGCCUGAGAGCAGCAUUUCUCAUCGUUUCCACAAAGCCUGUGCCUCUCGAGUCAAGGACGCCAGCUACUGCCCCCACUGUGGGGAGGAGACCUCCAAGGCCAGAGAGGUGACCAUCGCAAAGGCAGACACGACGUCCACGGCGACCCUGGCGCCCGGGCAGGAGAAGAGCUGUGUAGCGGAGGGCAGGGCCGACACCACCACGGGCAGCGCUGCUGGCGCCCUGCUCUCAGAGGAGGACAAGCCGCAGAGCCUGGCCCCCCAGGUGCCGGAGGGCUUCGACCCCACAGGGCCGGCUGGGCUGGGGAAGCCGGCGCCGGGCCUCUCCCAGGGGCCUGGGAAAGAGACCCUGGAGAGCGCGCUCAUCGCCCUGGACUCCGAGAAACCCAAGAAGCUCCGCUUCCACCCGAAGCAGCUGUACUUCUCGGCGCGGCAGGGAGAGCUGCAGAAGGUGCUGCUCAUGCUGGUUGAUGGGAUCGACCCCAACUUCAAGAUGGAGCAUCAGAACAAGCGCUCGCCCCUGCACGCCGCGGCGGAGGCUGGCCACGUGGACAUCUGCCAUAUGCUCAUCCAGGCGGGCGCCAACAUCGACACCUGCUCCGAGGACCAGAGGACCCCGCUGAUGGAGGCCGCCGAGAACAACCACUUGGACGCAGUGAAGUACCUCAUCAAGGCCGGGGCCCUCGUGGAUCCCAAGGACGCAGAGGGCUCGACUUGUUUGCACCUGGCUGCCAAGAAAGGCCACUACGAUGUGGUUCAGUACCUGCUCUCAAACGGACAGAUGGACGUCAACUGCCAGGAUGACGGCGGCUGGACGCCCAUGAUCUGGGCCACUGAGUACAAGCAUGUGGACCUCGUGAAGCUGUUGCUCUCCAAGGGGUCCGACAUCAACAUCCGGGACAACGAGGAGAACAUCUGCCUGCACUGGGCGGCUUUCUCUGGCUGUGUGGACAUCGCCGAGAUCCUGCUGGCCGCCAGGUGCGACCUUCACGCGGUGAACAUCCACGGGGACUCGCCCCUGCACAUCGCAGCCAGGGAGGACCGCUACGCCUGUGUCGUCCUCUUCCUGUCCCGGGACUCGGACGUCACCCUGAAGAACAAGGAGGGGGAGACGCCCCUGCAGUGCGCCAGCCUCAACUCUCAGGUGUGGAGCGCCCUGCAGGUGAGCCAGGCACUGCGGGACGCGGCCCCCGACAGGCCCGCCCCGGCGGAGAAGACCGUGAGCAGGGACAUCGCCCGGGGCUAUGAGCGGGUCCCCAUCCCCUGUGUCAAUGGCGUGGACGGCGAGCUGUGCCCCAGCAACUACAAGUACGUGUCUCAGAACUGCGUGACGUCCCCCAUGAACAUCGACAGAAACAUCACCCACCUGCAGUACUGCGUGUGUGUCGACGACUGCUCGUCCAGCAACUGCAUGUGCGGCCAGCUCAGCAUGCGCUGCUGGUACGGCAAGGAUGGCCGACUGCUGCCCGAGUUCAACAUGGCAGAGCCGCCGCUGCUGUUCGAGUGCAACCACGCCUGCUCCUGCUGGAGGACAUGCCGCAACCGCGUGGUGCAGAACGGCCUCAGGGCGAGGCUGCAGCUCUAUCGGACACAGAACAUGGGCUGGGGCGUCCGGUCCCUGCAGGACAUCCCGCUGGGCACCUUUGUUUGCGAGUAUGUUGGGGAGCUUAUCUCUGACUCGGAAGCCGACGUGCGGGAAGAAGACUCUUACCUCUUUGAUCUUGACAACAAGGACGGAGAGCUGUACUGCAUCGACGCGCGUUUCUACGGCAACGUCAGCCGCUUCAUCAACCACCACUGCGAGCCCAAUCUGGUGCCCGUGCGCGUGUUCAUGUCCCACCAGGACCUGCGCUUCCCGCGGAUCGCCUUCUUCAGCACCCGCCUGAUUGAGGCCGGGGAGCAGCUGGGCUUCGACUACGGGCAGCGCUUCUGGGACAUCAAGGGCAAGCUCUUCAGCUGCCUCUGCGGCUCCCCCAAGUGCCGCCACUCUGGGGCCGCGCUGGCCCAGCGGCAGGCCGGCGCCCAGGAGGACGGGCUGCCCGACACCAGCUCCUCGCCCGCCGACCCGCUAUGAGAGCGCCGCCCGGCGCCCGAGUGGACGCCGUUCGCUGUGGUUUGGGGAGGACGCAGAGGCGUGCGGGAGACCGGCUGGCCUGCCCGGGGCCGCGGGGGGCGGGGACACCUGGGCUCCUCGCCGGCCUCGCCGUGAGUUCCCGACGGAGGUCUUUCUGCUCCACAUUUCUCGUCUCCCCUUGCGCGACGUCGCUCCCGGCUCACUGCCGGGCUGGGGGCCGUGCCCUGUCGGCCCGGACUCUCCGUGUGGCCUGCCACGGCCCGCAUGGCUGGUGCUGGCUCUAGGCAGCACAGACCCCGUGCCCACCGCCCCUGCGAGGUCAGGGCCGAGCCGCUGCUGACUUUGGAGAAAACGUGGGUUUGCUUUUUAAAGAAAUCCUAUAUCUAGCCCUAUACACCAGACCUCUCACGCGUUUCUUUCCGAGGAUGCGGCUUGGGGUGCAAGAUGGCCGUGGCCCCGGGGCACCGCACCUCCUCUUGAUUCUAAGCCACAUGCUAUGAUGAUGAGUAAACUGAUUUAUUUUCUACCAUUAUUGGACAUUAGGACAAACGAAAAAUAAACACAAAAACACAGACCACGGUGCUGAUUCUGGUGUGGUUUCUACUCACCAUGUGAAAAUGAACUAUCAACUGUGUAAAGAGAACAAAGUGAUUUUAGGGUAAAAUGCAGGAAACUUUUUUUAAAACGUUAGUCUUGUAGUGUGAAUAAAAUUGCCGUCACCUUUUGUGUGAUGGCCUGCCAGGUCACAUCCUUUUUUUCGGCAUAUACUUUUUUAAAUACUGUAAUUAGUGCAGUUACCGUGGGUUUUUUGUGCAACUCUUCUAAAACAUUCAUAAUGCAGCCAUGUUUAUUUUUUCUGUUAAAAUGUUUUUGACAGUUCCAAGAGCAGUCUUUUGGCUCAGACCAUUUCUUGUUCUGUUU